CUAUGGCGGGAACAAUAUAUGUAACAUAAAUUCGCGACGACUACACUCGAUAGGAAAAUGGAUGUUUUGGAUGCUCUAGAGAAUCUUGAGAACGAAAGCGAUGACGAGGGAGAGGCGAUGACUGCUGCAGCCGUGCUGGAAAAAUUAGAAGAGGCUUGGUUGAAUGAACGUUUUGCCCCCGAACUACUGGAGGCAAGAUCAGACCUUGUGGAAUGUAUGUUGGAACAAAUCACAGAGAUGGAGGAGAACUUCAAACGAGCAAAGAAAGGAGACUUCAGGGUAUCACUACACAGCAUGGAGAUUGAUAGAAUACGCUACAUUUUGAGUAGCUAUUUACGAUGCAGACUACAAAAAAUAGAGCAGUUUACAGCCAAGCUCCUGGAGGAGGAGGCUGCUAGGAAGGACGAAGAGCCAUCCAAACUGUCCCCGGAGGAGUUUACUUUUGCUAGAGAGUACUCGGCCAAUAUGGAGAGUCACUUGCAGACGGUGGCCCUACGACACAUGCCCCAGAACCUGCAGACACUCAACAAUAAACAAACAGCCCCUCGACCAAACCUGGACAAGUAUGUGUUUCUACGUGUGAACGAAUCGACAGAUGGCGUCCUGGUGGAGGAAGAGACUCUUGACACUGGGGAGGAAAUCGUUGACCUGGAAAAGGGGGACCAGCACAUCAUGAGGUACAAACCCCUCCUGCCCCUUGUAGCAUCUGGGGCCGUCUCCCUUAUCUGAUCUGCUCCCUGGAAACUAAACUAUCAUGCUCUUCAUUGCAUCCAGGGUUGUCUACCUUAUUUGAUUUACAUGCUGGAUGGCAAUUCUUCUAGACUUUAAACAUCAGGGGUUGUCUGACUUUUGUGCUGGGUACCAUAUCUGUGGACGUUAUCAUCAGGCGAAAAACCAAUCAGUCAGAACUUGUGGCACUUAUAAUGUUCUGGCUGGGUAUUGCAACACUAUAUUUUGGUAAGAUCUUCUGGAACUUCUUGGACCAUCUCCAAAAUUGAACUAAAGGCUGGAAGAACAAGCUCGUUACAACAGUAAUGGACUCAUGAACUCGACUCACAUGACUGUAUGACCUUUACAACAUUUUGGCGGUCAGACGAAAAAACGGAAAGUUACGCAAAGAUGCACAAAAUUCACAAAGGUGGAACAUUGGUCAUAACAAUCAUGGAAAUAACUUGUUAAUGAUGGCAUAAUGAUAUUAAAGAACACUUUUUAAAAAAGCCAGUGAAAGUUGGCUUUUAAUACCUUAUAUUAGUAUUUUGCUGUGAAAAAACUCAUUAUUGUAAGAACAACCAUUGUACUAGUACCAGGUUAACAGCUUGUUCUGAGUUAUACUGAUGUCAGAACAUGUAUGUUUUUUCAAAAUUCAUUUUUACAGCCCCGCCCUUACAAAGUUAAUUUGGGGCUAUAUUGGAAUCGUGCAUAUUUUCAUGUCUGUCAGUUGAGGGGGGAAUAUUUGCCUAAAUGAAUUAAUAACAUCCUGUGUCAAGGUGGCAUGUGGGGGUAGGCAUCACUUUUGCGAUACAUUUAGUUUUUAUUAUCCUGAAGUUGGGGAUAUUAAAACACACUGUGCCUCUGUCUGUCCAGUCAUCAUGUUUUCCAUAUCCAGCCUGUAAUUUUUUCAUGCAGGGAAGGAUUUGAUGUAAAAUGAAGACAUAUUAAUACUAUUACUCUACUGACUUGGACAUUCAUCCCUCUUGACAGAUUUUGUUAUUAUUAUAUAAUUUUACCAAACCCACAGACUUAAAGAUAGUGUUAAUUAAUUUCUUGUCAAAGUAUUGAAAAUCUUCAACAAACUGUUGAAGUCAACCUUUUAAAGAUCCCAUAAACCUUGUAUUAUUUUUUUACUGUUGGUGCACACUCAAUUGAUCUGGCAAUGCUUGUAAGAACUUGACAGAAAAGCAACGAUUGUUUUGUUUGUCUGUCAUUUGUGAUAGAGUUUAACAACACGCAGUCCUUAGUGUGUUCUAUACAGCACUCAUGCAGUGUUUUCUUUGUUAUUUAUCUCUGUCAUACGAAUCUAAGUUAAUAACUUCAUAUGUAAUAUAUAUGAAAUAAAUUCAAUAUAAAAAUGU